CAGAGAUCGUGCAGUGUAGGCAGUUCAUGUCUGUAAAGGAGAGAUGCAAUAUGGUUGGAAGUUAAGUAACUGACAGUCUAUAAAUAGAAAAUGUGCACGGUGUAUGCCAGGACUGGUGUAUGCUUACCCUGGAGUUGAGACGUAGCAGAAUAGAUCUUGUUUUCCUUUUCUCCUCCCGGCCAAGUCUCAUCCCUCGCUUGGCAAUGCAAUGAGGGAGCAGACGAAGGCAUUAUUGAGGGCUUAAGCAGUGUCGCAUUUCCCCACCGGUCAUCAAACCCGUAAAAGUAAGAUCGCUAGUAGGAUGGCUAGCACCAAUGUUACAGGGGGUUGCCCGGCUGCAAUGAAGGCUUCAUCUAAUGGAGCCUUCCAACACGAAAGCCCUCUUGAUUUCGCGCUUCCUCUGAUCAUCCUACAGAUCUGCUUGGUGGUUGUGUUUACAAGGCUCUUGGCUUACCUUCUUAAACCUCUCAAACAACCUCGUGUCAUUGCCGAGAUCAUUGGAGGGAUACUGCUAGGACCUACUGCUCUGGGACGAAGCAAGGUGUACAUUGACACCAUCUUCCCAGAGAAGAGCCUGACCGUUUUAGACACGCUCGCAAACAUCGGUCUUCUGUUUUUCUUGUUCCUAGUUGGGCUUGAGCUUGACUUUGCAGCCAUCAGAAAAACCGGGAAAAAAUCACUGUUGAUAGCCCUAGCUGGGAUCUCACUUCCUUUCAUACUGGGUGUAGGCACAUCUUUUGUUCUCAGUUCCACCAUAAGCAAAGGAGUCCAUCAGAUUCCAUUUAUAGUCUUCAUGGGUGUUGCCUUAUCAAUCACCGCCUUCCCUGUGCUCGCUCGUAUCCUAGCUGAGCUGAAGCUUCUAACAACCGACAUUGGACGUAUGGCCAUGUCUGCAGCGGGAGUGAAUGAUAUCGCGGCUUGGAUACUCCUCGCGCUCGCGAUUGCUCUCUCAGGAAAUGACAGUUCUCCUCUUGUACCUCUUUGGGUUCUCCUCUCUGGAACUGGUUUUGUGAUCUUUGCAGUUUUGGCGAUCAAACCUCUCCUUGGUUAUAUGGCUCAUCGCUGUCCCGAAGGAGAGCCUGUGAAGGAACUUUAUGUCUGCGUCACUCUAACCUUGGUUUUAGCGGCGAGCUUUGUGACAGACACUAUUGGGAUACACGCGCUGUUCGGGGCGUUUGUUGUAGGUAUAGUGACUCCUAAAGAAGGACCUUUCUCCAGGAUCUUGACAGAGAAGAUAGAAGAUCUUGUCUCAGGUCUCCUUCUACCACUCUAUUUUGCGUCUAGCGGUCUCAAAACUGAUGUUACAACGAUCAGAGGAGCACAAUCAUGGGGACUUCUAGCUCUUGUGAUACUCACCACUUGUUUCGGUAAGAUAGGAGGAACCGUUGUGGCCUCGAUGCUCUGCAAGGUUCCUUUCAGAGAAGCCAUGUCGCUUGGAGUCCUUAUGAACACCAAAGGUUUAGUCGAACUUAUUGUUUUAAACAUCGGCAAGGACCGUAAGGUGCUGAACGAUCAAGCGUUUGCGAUCUUAGUCCUGAUGGCACUGGUCACGACCUUCAUCACGACCCCACUUCUGAUGGCGAUUUACAAACCUGCGAGAAGAGGAGCACCGUACAAGCAUAGAACGAUCCAGAGAAAAGAUCACGACUCCGAGCUAAGGAUACUCGCUUGCUUCCACAGCACGCGAAACAUCCCCACGUUGAUCAACAUGAUCGAGUCAUCGAGAGGGACGGGACAAAGAGGACGUCUCUGCGUCUACGCCAUGCAUCUGAUGGAGCUCUCCGAGCGGUCAUCAGCGAUAGCUAUGGUUCACAAAGCUCGGCUGAACGGACUCCCGGCGUGGAACAAGGUGGAGAGAUCGACUGAUCAGAUGGUGAUCGCCUUCGAGGCUUACCAGCAUCUCCGAGCCGUGGCGGUUAGGCCGAUGACAGCCAUCUCUGACCUUAGCAGCAUCCACGAGGAUAUCUGCACGAGCGCGCACCAGAAACGAGUCGCGAUGAUUCUUCUUCCGUUCCACAAGCACCAGAGAGUAGACGGAGCGAUGGAGUCGAUUGGACAUGCCUUCCACGAGGUGAACAAACGUGUCUUGCAGCGAGCUCCUUGCUCCGUGGGGAUUCUUGUGGACAGAGGACUCGGAGGAACGUCCCACGUGGUGGCCAGCGAAGUUGAUUACAAGAUUGUGGUUCCCUUCUUCGGAGGGUUAGACGACAGAGAAGCUCUCGCUUACGGGAUGAAGAUGGUGGAGCAUCCAGGGAUCUCGCUAACCAUUCUCAAGUUCGUAGCUGCGAGAGGGACGCUGAAGAGAUUCGAUAAAGGAGAAGAAGACGAGAAGGAGAAGAAGGAAAAAGAGAUGGACGGAGAGUUCUUGAGGGAGUUGAUGAACGAUCCAAGAGGGAACGAGUCGUUGGCUUACGAGGAGAGAGUCGUUGAGAGCAAAGAAGAUGUCAAAGCGACGCUUAAAGCGACGAGCAAAUGCAAUCUUUUCAUCGUGGGGAGAAACGCGGCGGUUGCUUCGUUGGUUAACAGUACGGAUUGUCCGGAGUUAGGACCAGUUGGAGGGUUGUUGUCGUCGUCGGAGUUUACAACCACAGCGUCGGUGCUCGUCGUUCAGGGAUACGAUCCUGCGGCGGAUACACGGCCGCUCAUAGAGGAAGAUGUUGACUACGAAGGUUCCUCCAGAGAUAUUUCUGACUCGACUGUCUGAACGAAUCUAAUCAGCUUAUUACAGAGCCAAAACAAACAAAGAAAAGUGUCUGUGUUUUUUUUUUUAACUUUUGCCUCAUGAAAUGUUUUGGUUGGGACAUGAUCUUUUUGUGCUAAUCGUUGUCAUUCUAUUUAUGCACAUGAAAUUCGACUUGGAAUUUUAAAACUGAAAUCAAACCAGCAAGUUUCUCUCCAAAA